AUGGAUGUGCCCAAUCCAUACCAAUACGAUCUACUCAUGCAGCUCCACUUCUCGGGUAUAAGUCCUCCUCAGCUUGUUCAUAACUUGCCAUUGAUUCGAACCGAGUUGAGCUCAGAAGAAAAUCAGGAACGUCAAUUGCUCCUGAGAUCCAGAAUUCAUCCGCACAACAAUGCUGGUGAACAGUCCAAAUACGGCUCGAUCAAUAACAACUUCUGUCAGCCUGCUGCAUACCAGCAACAAAUGCAACAACAAGGAGUGCCAAUGAUGGGAACUGGCGCCCAACAAAAUCAUGCUUGGGCACAAGCACAACACGCGGCUCGGAUGGCUUAUCUGCAGCGAUCUCAAAUGAAUUCUGGACAGCCGCCACCAUCAAUGUCUCAUCCACACCAACAAUAUUACCAGCAAAUGCCUUCCGGCCAGCAAGUCCCACCGGGAAGUCAAGCACCUCCGGGUAUGUAUACCCAACCUGGAUUCUCACCAUCUUACUGCUCAGAACCCGUGAAUUACAAGCAGUGGAUGCAAAGAAUGCAGCGUUCAGCGUUGAUGAUGAUGCCAAUGUUUCGGCAUGAGAGUGGCCAGGGAAUUCCACAAAUGAACCCCACUGCAAGCACCCAUGAUCCAGUGCAGUCAGCGACUCCGGUUAACUGUACUGGGAAUGAGUCAGAAACCAUUCCACUGAGCUUGGCUGACGUUGGAGAACGACCACCUACAAGUAAGAAAGAACUUGGAGGAAACGCCCCUCACAGGAUCCAGCAACACACACGGCAAGAUGUUCAGAUGCAUUCACAGAAGGCUAAUCAAGAACCUAUAGUGAUAAAAAGAACAAUGGGCAAUGACGGACAUCAAGAGAUCAAGCACCCCCGUCUGACUCCACCAGCUAGUGCUCAUUAUAUCUCGACGCAUAGCAAUAAGAGAGAUACCACUAUUCGGUAUGACAUGGAUGGUCUACUCAUCGUCGACGUUACCUCAUCGCCCUCAGCAAACAUCACUCUGGAUUCUUCCACGACUCAUCAGUCUCAGAAAUGUGCUCGCUCGGAGUCAAUGAGCACAACGUGCCAAGAAGCCAAUUCUCCGGAAGAAGCAUGCAGUGAUCUCAAAAUGCGUCUCAAUGAACGCUUGGAGACGUAUCGUUCAAAGGGCUCCGUUUCACCAUCCGGAGAUCAUCACGCAUCACAAGGGGGUCAAUUUCAACGUGUAGAAGCAUAUCCACUCUCCUUAAAUGACUGUGAUCCGAGCUCGCCAACCAUAGUGAACUCUUCCGGAUAUUACCACCAAACUUCAUGUCAACAAGAGACUUGUGAUUCUGUUCCAGAUGACACCAAAAUUCGCGAAGCAUCCAUCGAACCUCCCAGGCUAACACCUCAUCCUCCUAUGAGAAGCUCUCCCGACCAGGACACUGCCGACUUGACGUACCUCCCAGGUCCGCUGGAACAAUCCGGCCUUGUUCCCAAGGAGCAAGUAAAAGAACAGGAGAAUGACCAUGCUCAAACUACCGCGUCUCACAUUGACUCUCCAGCCUCAGGAUAUAUCUGUCAUCCGAAAAAAUCCAAAAUCCAAAAGAAGCAGUUGGAGAGAAUUGUGAAAGCGAAUGAAGUGAAGAGACCAACUUUUCAUUUUCUAGACACGAAUGGAUUAGAGGAUGAAAUAGUGAUGUUUGAGAAAAUGAAUACCACCCGUUUUGCCAAUAAGCUCAGUGAUUUCAUGUCGAAGAACAAUAUUUCUCGAGUUCAGUUAGCCGAAAUGACAGGCAAGAAAUGA